UGAAUGUUUACUGUGGCGUUUUAUUUUAAUUUAGAAUUUUAGACUUGUGUAGCAGCGAAGUUUUGCAUAGAACAUUUUAUUCUGCUGACCCUGGGAAACAUGUUCGUUGAAAAAGACAGUCUUUACCGCAGACUUACAAGAUUCUGGCAUGUGUUUGCUGCAUUGGCAUUGCUCAGUGUGGGUUACAUACUGACUCAAAAUGAUAAUGAAAAAGCUGAAAUAUUAAAUCGACGCAUUUUAGGAAAUGAGUUUUAUCAAACUUUGGUUUUCCUUCUUUGUUUUGCAAUCAACCUUGGUAUAACGGUGUGGGUAUCUUUCCCAGCAGGUAUUAUUAUGUUUAAAACACUUGAUAGACACACUUUCACCAACGUCCAAAGUCGUCUCUUUCCUGUUUAUUUCAUUAUUGUUGGCGUGACUGGAUUCGUACAACUGGUUGUGGCGUUGAAACACAAAAGCUUCAGUUUAAGUUCAUCAAAUCCAGAUUUGCUUCUGCUUGCUUGUUUAUGUGUGGAGGUGUUAAAUGGAUUUUUGAAUGGUUGUAUCUUUGGACCUUACAUGUCUGGAAUAUUGCACAAAAAGAUAAGCUUGGAAAGAGAAGAGGGAGUAAUUCCACCAAUGAUUGGUUCCAAGUUGGGGGAAAAUAAGGAAUACAAAGCUAUAUGUAAACAGUUUGGAAUGGUACAUGGUUUGUCAACCAUAGUUAAUUUAUUGGCAUUUUCUGGCAGUAUUUAUGUGCUUUACUACAUCUCAUUGGAAGUGCAUCUGCUCGCAGAGCACUGUAGUUAAAAAAGUUGACACAAAGUUUUAAGAGUAUGUCCUGUUGUAAUUGAUAUUGAUAACAAAACAUUUGUAUGGUUUUGGCCAAGGAACAUACAUCAUAAGAAAACUAUCACUAGUGCAGUCUGUAUUUAUAAAUCUACAUCUGCACUGUGUGCAAUACGCAUGCAUGUGAACAAUCAAGUUAUUGAUGAUUAUCAUUUUCCUAAAUUUUGUUCUACAAUUUUGUAAAUAGUGUUUUAAAUCAACGAAACAGUUUGAUUUUCAACCAAGUUUUCAAUAAGUUUGUAUCUCAUUAUAUGCUGUGCAUCAACUUCCAAAUCUAUUUUAUCUUCAUUUUGUACAUCAGUUUCACAAUCCACUAUAAUUCCUUCUUCUGCCUUAUUUACUCGCAGAAAUACGUAGUGAUCCAGAUUUGGAACUGUAUAAUAAUGUAAAUAAAUCAUAAAGACAUCAAA